AGUUGACCGAAGUCUUUCACAGUGCUUGGAGCUUUUUUUUUCUUCCAGUCCAGUAUCUAGUGUCACACAUCCUUCGGAGGAUGGAGGUUUAAAUGGGGUGUCGUAAGUUUUGGUUGGGGUGAAAAGCAGCAAAACGGGUGAAAAUUUCGUGACUCAAUCACUGUGUUUGUGACUCCGGUGGCAAUAAAAUAUGUUAUCAGCACUGCUUUGGGUGCUUUUAGUGCUUAUUCUGGGGGUUUAUGUGCACUUUCGGAGGCGCUACAGAUUUUGGAAGGAGCUGGAGGUACCCUUCUUGACGCCAACCUUUCCCUUGGGAAAUGUGGCAGACUCCGUGGCGGCUGGUAACCAUUUCAGCUAUGCCAUGCAGAGUCUGUAUCAGCGUACCAAGGAGCACAAAUAUGCAGGAAUCUUCUUCUUCUGCUCACCGUGUCUCCUGGUCAAUUGCCCAGAAAUGGCAAAGAAUAUCCUAGUGAGGGAUUUUCAUUGCUUCACAGAUAGGGGAGUGUUUUACAAUGAAAAACUCGAUCCUUUGGGGGCUAAUUUAUUCUUCAUGGAGGGUCAGAAGUGGAAGAAUCUACGGGCAAAGAUUUCCCCAACUUUUACCAGUGGAAAGCUCAAAGCUAUGUUCCAUACCGUAGCUGCAGUUAGUGAAGAGCUUUUGGGCUUAAUAGCCGAACGCCUGGAAGUUUCACCGAGUGGAAAAUCCUUGGAGAUCAAGGAUCUCAUGGCUAGGUUCACGACAGACAUAAUUGGAAUAACAGCCUUCGGGAUUAAUUGUGACAGCCUCCACAAUCCUCAAUCCGAAUUCCGAAAGAUGGGGAACAGGAUCGUUAACAUGACAAAGAGCCGAGGACUUGCCAUGUUCUUGGGAAUGGUCAACAGAAAUCUGGCACUGAAGUUAAAUGUAAGAUUUACUGAUCCAUCAGAUGAAGGCUUCUUUAUGGAUGUCAUCAGGCAGACAAUAGAGCAGCGUGAGGCAAAGAAUAUCAAAAGGAAUGACUUCAUGGAUCUCAUGAUUCAGCUCAAGAACAAAGGAAAAUUGGAUGAUGCCGAAUGCUCCGAAGCCUCCAAAGGAGGAUUGACUUUCGAAGAAAUUUGCGCUCAGUGCUGGAUAUUCUACUUUGCUGGCUUUGAGACAUCCUCCACAACCAUAACUGUUGCCAUGCAUCAGCUCUCUCUCCACGAGGACAUCCAGGAAAGGGCCCGCGAAGAAGUGAGACGAGUCCUGGACAAAUACGAUGGGAAAUUAACUUAUGAAGCUGUGAUGGAGAUGGAAUACCUCGGUCAUAUUGUUAACGAGACGUUGAGGUUGUUUCCACCGGUUGGAACCAUUCAUCGUGUCUCAAAUCAGGACUAUCGCCUCCCAAAUGGCGCCAUAAUGCCCAAAGGCACAUUCGUUGUCAUCCCCAACAUGGCAUAUCAGUACGAUGAGAAAUUUUUCCCCAAUGCCCAACACUUCGAUCCAGAUAGAUUCAAGGAGGAUGCCAGAGGUGAUCGUCACCAUUUCACUUUUAUCCCCUUCGGUGAAGGACCAAGAAUAUGCAUCGGAAUGAGAUUUGGGCUGCUGGUGGUGAAGAUAGCUCUAGCACAAAUUCUCUCUCAAUACAGAUUUACGAAAAAUGAGAAAACUAGUACAGAAUUGGAAAUUAAUAGCACAGCUUUUGUUCAUACGCCCAAAAACGACAUUUGGCUUAAUUUGACUGCCAUUCAUUAGGUCUGCAUUCAUCAGAGGCUAUUUAAUUGUGCAGAAAAAUAGCGAAAACAGAAGCAUGAAAUCAAUAAAUAUUUAUUCAAUAAAAUGCCAAUGCUGAAAAUCGAAAGCAAUAGAUGAAAUUUAUGAGGUUUUAAUGCAGGUUGAAUCAAUGGCAGAGUUCACAGGAUGAACCAUCAUUGGCCAAGCUAUAAUUUUAUUUGCCAAUCUAAUUGAAAAAAUGUAAAUAAAUGGGAAAUGAUUUU